AUGACGCUUGCGGACGAGGGCGGGGUCAAGGACGUGAGGAAGAGAAGGGAGACGGGAGACGGCCCGGGGAGGCGGGAGCCGCAGAGGGGAAGGACCGGACAGACCGAGGUGACAGACUGGAGGAAGGAGGACAUCCCCCGGGGUCAGGCUGGGGGUCAGAGACGCGAGUCAAGUUCUGGCCAGUCUGAGAGGCAGCGGUCUGACUUUCGGGAUGGUCAGUCCCGAGAGCCCGAGGUGGACAUCGAGCUACGGUCAGUCAGAGAAGAAGAUUCCCGCUCUGAUCAGUCUGAGAGGCAGCGAUCUGACUUCCGAGAUGGUCAGUCCGAGAGCCCGAGAUGGACAUCGAGCUACGGCCAGUCAGAGAGGAGGGAUUCCCGCUCUGGCCCCUCGUGGCAGUCGUGCGAGUCCCUGAGGGCCCGCCGGGCGGCCGGGACAGGGCAAGAGAGAGACGAGGGACAGAGCCGCCGGCCUCAGGGAGGAUACACCGACGACGAGGAGCAGAGCCGCCAGGCUCGGGAUGGACAGCGGCGCCAGUCUCGGGUGGACAAGCAGAAGAGGAGGGACCAGACCAUCCAGGCUGGUGGCGUCCAAGGAGGGGCCAGUCUCGGGGCAGGCAGCAGUGCCCGUCUCAGGACUGGCAAACAGAUGAAGAGGAACCAAGUCGCCAGACUCGGGAUGAGCAGCGCCGCCAGUCUCGGGAAAGACGAAGGACAGAGCCGCCAGUCUCAGGACAGAUACACAGACGAAGAGGAGGCAGGAGCCGCCAGGCUCGGGGUGGACAGCGACGCCAGUCCUCGGGGUGGACAAGCGGAAGAAGAGGACCAGAGGAGUCCAGGGCCCAAACUGGCAGUCGUGCGAGUCCAUGAAGGCCCACCGGGCGGGCCGGACAGGGCAGGGAGGGACGAAGGACAAAGCCGUCAGCCUCAGGACGGAUACACCGACGACGAGGAGCAGAGCCGCCAGGCUCGGGGUGGACAGCGACGCCAAUCCCGGGGUGGACAAGCAGAAGAGGAGGACCAGACCAUCCAGGCUGGUGGCGGGCAGAGGCGCCAGUCUCGGGGCAGACAGCAGUACCCUUCUCAGGACUGGCAAACAGAUGAUGAGGAACAGAGUCGCCAGAUUCGGGAUGGGCAGCGGCGCCAGUCUCGGGCAAACAGGGAAGAUGAGGACCGGAGUCGCCAGAUUCGGGAUGGGCAGCGGCGCCAGUACCAGGCAAACAUGGAAGAUGAGGACCAGAGUCGCCAGGCUCGGGACGGGCAGCGGCACCAGGCUCGGGGAGGAUACAUAGAAGAGGAGGAACAGAGCCGGGAAAAGAAGCGAACCUCCCAGCCGGCCACUUCGCUCUGCCACCAGGGCCCAAACUGGCAGUCGUGCGAGUCCCUGAAGGCCCUCCGGGCGGGCCGGACAGGGCAAGGGAGGGCCGAAGGACAAAACCGUCAGCCUCAGGACGCAUACACCGACGAUGAGGAGCAGAGCCGCCAGGCUCGGGGUGGACAGCGACGCCAAUCCCGGGGUGGACAAGCAGAAGAGGAGGACCAGACCAUCCAGGCUGGCGGCGGGCAGAGGCGCCAGUCUCGGGGCAGACAGCAGUACCCUUCUCAGGACUGGCAAACAGAUGAUGAGGAACAGAGUCGCCAGAUUCGGGAUGGGCAGCGGCGCCAGUCUCGGGCAAACAGGGAAGAUGAGGACCAAGAGUCGACAGGCUCGGGAUGGGGAGAGACGAAGGGCAGAGACGCCAGCGUCAGGGGCGGAUACACCGACGACGAGGAGCAGAGCCGCCAGGCUCGGAGUGGACAAACUGAAGAGGAGGACCGGAGUGUCCAGGCACGCCAGUCUCGGGGGCAGCAGCAGUUUCUGUCUCAGGACUGGCAAACAGAUGAAGAGGAACCAAGUCGCCAGACUCCGGAUGGGCGAGACCCAACGACCACCCGCUUGGCCGGGGGGCAACAGCGCCUGGAAACAGACCCCCCAAGGCCGUGGGAGUGCCCGGGGCGCAGGGAGCUGAAGGGCAACGAGUCCGAUUCAGAUGCAGCUGGCCACCUGGCCGUGCCCCAGUAUCCGCUCUACGAGUAUGUCCACGAGCAGAGCUCCCACCAUUACCAAGCAUCAUCCGACAUUUCCGAGAUCUUCAACCACUACGCCACGUGCGACGGCGAUGACGUCACGCUGAAACAAGGGCGAGCUGAGGACCCUCCUCCAGCGCGAGUUCGGAGAUGUCCUUCGGGUGGCCCAGGCUGCUACAGCGCCCUGAGCCAGGUAGCGGGGAACACCAAGAACGAGAGAGGUCGCGACUUCUCUCAGGAACGCCUGUCGCGACAGGAGGAAGAUCAGCGCUGCCGAGGACUGCGCGACGGGGAGCAGCGUCGACAGCAGGAGCAGGAGGAAGAGCUACAGCGCGAGAGGCGCUGUGAGGAGGAGGAGGAGGAGGAACAGCGUCAAAGGCAGCGAGAAGAAAGGCGUGAACAGCGCUGUGACGAAGAGGCACAGCGUGAAAGGCAACGCCAACAGCGCUGUGAAGAGGAACGGCGCCAAAGACAGCGCGAAAGACAACGCGAGCAGCGCUGUGAGGAGGAACAGCGCGAGCAGCGCUGUGAGGGGGAGGAACAGCGUCAGAGACAGCGCGAAGAACGCUGUGAGGAAGAGGAGCAACGGGAAAGACGGCGUGAGCAGCGCUGGGAGGAAGAACAGCGUCAGAGAGAACGGGAGCGGCGUUGUGAGGAAGAGGCGCAGCGAGAACUGCAGCGCGAAAGACGUCGUGAACAGCGCUGUGAGGAGGAACAGCGCGAACAGCGCUGCGAGGAGGAGCAGCGUGAGAGACGUCGUGAACAGCGCUGCGAGGAGGAGGAACAGCGUCUGAGACAGGGUGAGCGGCGCUGCGAGGAGGAACAGCGUGAGAGACGUCGUGAACAGCGCUGCGAGGAGGAGGAACAGCGUCUGAGACAGCGUGAGCGGCGCUGCGAGGAGGAACAGCGUGAGAGACGGCGUGAGCAGCGCUGCGAGGAGGAACAGCGUGAGAGACGGCGUGAACAGCGCUGCGAGGAGGAGGAACAGCGUCUGAGACAGCGUGAGCAGCGCUGCGAGGAGGAACAGCGUGAGAGACGUCGCGAACAGCGCUGUGAGGAGGAGGAACAGCGUCUGAGACAGCGUGAGCAGCGCUGCGAGGAGGAACAGCGAGAGAGACGUCGCGAACAGCGCUGCGAGGAGGAGGAACAGCGUCUGAGACAGCGUGAGCAGCGCUGCGAGGAGGAACAGCGAGAGAGACGUCGCGAACAGCGCUGCGAGGAGGAGGAACAGCGUCUGAGACAGCGUGAACAGCGCUGCGAGGAGGAACAGCGAGAGAGACGUCGCGAACAGCGCUGCGAGGAGGAGGAACAGCGUCUGAGACAGCGUGAGCAGCGCUGCGAGGAGGAACAGCGUGAGAGACGUCGCGAACAACGCUGCGAGGAGGAGGAACAGCGUCUGAGACAGCGUGAGCAGCGCUGCGAGGAGGAACAGCGUGAGAGACGUCGUGAACAGCGCUGCGAGGACGAGGAACAGGUUCUGAGACAGAGUGAGCAGCGCUGCGAGGAGGAACAGCGUGAGAGAUUCAGUGGACAGUGCUGUGAGGACGAAGAACAGCUCCUGAGGCAGCGCAAGCAGAGCUGCGCGGAGGAGGAGGAACAGCGUCUGAGACAGCGGCUAAGGCGGCGCGAAGAAAAACGGCGUCUAAGGCAGCAAGAGGAGCGUUGUGAGGAGGAGAGGCGACAGAGGCAGCGCCAAAGGGACGAAGCCUGCGAGGGAGCCAAGCGUCGCCCCGUGAGCUGGAGGUGGCAGGUGGAGAGGGAAGGCCAGGCCCGCCAGAACAAGCUCUACUCCCGACCCCGGGUGCCAGAGCGGGUCCGCCGGCCGGCCCGGGACCAACGACUCCAAGACGCUGAAGAGAGCUGCCGACGGGAAAAGGAAAGGCGGCGCAGGGAGGAGGAGGAGCAGUUCCGCAGACUGGACCGGGACCAACGACUCCGUGAAGAGGAGGAGGAGGAGGAGGAGGAACAAAGGGCCCGGGACGUGGAGCAGAACCGGAGCCUGAACUGGGAGUGGCAGUGGCAGUGGCAACCAGAAAAGGAAAAUGUGGUCCGCAACAAGAAACUCUUCUCUAAAGUCCGCGAGGUCGACGAGGCGGAGCAGUUGCAGUUCCAGGACUUGCCGUCCAUGGAGGAAGGGGAUUGUGGCUGCGAGGGAGGAGGAAGAGGAAGAACAAAGACUCGCCAGGAACGAGAGAGGAAACUUCAAGAAGAGGAGCUGGAGGAGGAGGUUCAAGAGCUGAAGAGACUCCGCCGAGAUCGCGACAGAAAGCUCCGGGAGGAAGAACGACUCCGUAGGGAGGAGGAGGAGGUAGAACAGGAGCUGGAGGAACUCCGCCGGGAACGGGGCAGGAAGCUCCGGGAAGAAGAGCAGCUCCGUAAAGAGGGAAGAGGAAGUAGAACAGGAGUUGAAGGAACUCCGCCGGGAACGGGGCAGGAAACUCCGGGAAGAAGAGCAGCUUCGUCAAGAAGAGCGGGAGGAAGAGAAGAGGCGUCGUCAGGAGCGAGAGAGGAAACUCCGGGAGAGGAAUUGGAGGAGGAGACGGUGCAAGAGCUGAAGAGGCUCCGCAGAGAACGGGACAGAAUACUUCGGGAGGAAGAGGAAGAGCAGAGAUUCAGCCGGGAACGGGACAGGAAGCUUCGGGAGGAAGAACAGCUCCUCAGGGAGGAGCAGGAGGAGGAGCAGAGAUACCGCCGGGAACGGGAAAGGAAGCUUCGGCAGGAAGAACAGCUCCGUAAAGAAGAGCGAGAGGAAGAACAGAGACGUCGCCAGGAGGGGGAGAGGAAACUCCAAGAGGAGGAGCAAGAUUUGAAGAGGCUCCGCCGAGAACGAGAACGGAAACUCCGGGGGAGGAGGAAGUAGAACAAGAGCUGAAGAGACUCCGCCGGGGACGGGACAGGAAAGUCCGGGAGGAGAAGCGGAGCAGAAUCGCUUCCAGAUCCAAGACCGGCAGACCUCCGAUCCCAGGUGUCGUCCCUUACCGAAUCCGACCGUCCGCUCCAGUCCCCUCUAUGAGUACAUCCAAGAACAGAGAUCGCAAUAUUGUCCCUAAAAAGGACCAUCGACCAGGGCUUCUGACAACCAGGAACAGGACGUGCGACGAACCAAGUU